UUAGCUUCUUAUUUUUGUUUGCACAGCAUGAAUCAUAAUCAAAACGUAAACGUGAAUAUCCUGGGUCUCCAUAAACCUUACAAUAAACAUCCCGAGUUAACGCUCUCGAAGGAAGAUUCCACACCGCUCUCAGAAUAUCAGUCAUUAGAGGACAUCAAGGAAGAACAGUCGACAAAUUGCGCGAGCAACAAAAAGAAGAACCAGAGAUACACGAGCAGCUUCGUCGGAAACACAACGAGCAAUCUGAGCGUCGACAAGGAGUUUGAUAACGUAUUCGGCAAUAAUUCCAAGGCAAAGAGAACUAGUAGCGUUCACGAGGGCGAAGAUAUCACUCUAUGCUGGAUUGAAACGACGACCAUCAAGGAGAAUAAGACCGUUCGACCGCCGAAUAGGCUGGUGAUUCGCGAGUACACGAUUUCCUUCGAAAACUCGGCGACUAUACCGGACAGAUAUCUCGAGUGCAAGAGGCUUGAGGGCGAAUUGUCGGCGAAUGAUUCCAAUAUUGGUAAGACAAGUCUGUUCGAGGUCAUAGAUGAAGACACUAAGAUUAGUAGAGUCGUCAAUUUCACCUCGAUCAGUCACGUUGGCGACAUCGUCGUCUGGCAACACAAGAGAGUGAAAUGCGGCGUCGGUCCAGUGAUUACUAAAACCAUUAUAGAGUGGAAUGAUGGCACAAAAAAUCCGAAGAAGCGAGUGGAGAUUAAAGUCAGUCCCAAGUUGCGUUCCAAGUUAACGGCGACAAAGACCGAGGAGGAAUCCUGCACGGAAAGAGGAGAGGAAGUCAAAGACGGUAGCGCAGAUAAUAUUGUUGAAUCUUGUAAAAACACGGAAGGCAGCACUCACGAAGUGACCGCGACAACUGACGGUAUUUCAACGAAGUAUGAAAUCAGUACGACUGAAAAGGUUAUUACGGAGUCGACAAGUGAAGAAGAGAGUGAAGAAGAGAUCAGUUCAUCAACGUCAUUCUCUGAAAAGGCAAAAUCAACGACCGAAACAUCUAUUACCACUUUUGAAAAGUUAGACUGUGAGGAGAAUUCGUCAGAUCCAGCAUGCAUUAUUCAAGAACUCACCACGCCGUCUUCAAAGGAGUUGUCCACUAAAUUAUCGAUUACGACGGAAGCAACUGCAAAGAGCGAAGCACCGUCGAUGAGCACGAAGGUGCCAGAAGUUUCAACUUUGAUUGAUAAUGGCAAAACGACGGAGAAAGAGCCUUCGAGUGAGGAUAUUCAAUUCAUGAUCACGGAACCUUUUUCGAGCGAGAGUGUCUCAGAAACCAUUUUAACGACUGAAGAGAUAAUUCCGCCUACAUCCACGACAGAAUUAAUAGAAUCUUCGGAAACUCGUGCAUCUCAACCAACAGAUAAAAUCACAACAUCUAAGGAUGUUGAGACAAGAAUAACGACAAGUCGCAGCGUGACGGAAGAAUCGAUCUCUGAAGAAGUUAGUAGUUUUGUUGAGUCGACAAGCGAAGAAUUAGGUAAAACUGAUUACGUUACAUCUUCAGAUGAAACAAGUUCAAGUGAAAUUGGUACUGAGCAAGGUACAACUGCAGUACCAUCAUUUAUUGAAUUCGCGAGAGGAUCUGAAAUACCUGGCGAGGAUUUGAGCAAAAUAUCUGAAUCAUCAACUCCGAUUGAAAGCACAACCGCGACACUUGAGGAAAGUAGUGAAAUUAAAAAGACGAUGAUUGAAAUGAAAAUUAUUGCGUCAUCGGAGGUCAAAUCAACGACUCUGUCACCGACGACAAGCGGCGAGAUUGAUUAUUCGUGCGAGAACUCCGAGGAUUGCAUGUACGUCAGCAAUUCAGAGGGCUGUGAGUCCGGAAAUUGCAGUAAGACGACGAUUAAAUCCUGCGAGUCGGAGGUGUGUUCUGAGGAAGAAAUUACCGAGGAUCAAUCAACAUUCGACACGUCAAUUCCUCCGACAAUAACGACGAAAACUCAGCCGUCGUCUGCGGAACCAACAGAGAUCGAAACUCAAUACUCGAGCACCACGACGAUCUCCUCUCGAGAAGAUGAAAAGAUCACAACAAUCGACAAUUUUUUCACCACCACGACGGAGAGCCGAAGAAGUACGAUAACACCGCGACACAAGUUGACUUUGAAGAUCACGAUUCUUCUGCAGCAUGUUGGCGAGAAUAAAGAGAAGCGCAAUCUAGUCGAGGUCGAGAAGCAGUUGUCGUUGGACGAAAAUCCAUAUCACAAACAUUCUGAUUUGAUUAAGCGACUGAAAUUCUUGAACAACACCGUCAAUAUAGAGGCCAUAAAUACGUUGCUGAAUUGCACGAGUUUGGGCAACUUGACGAAAAAUGCAAGUUUAAUUAGCACUACUAACAAUAAUCUUAAAAACUCGGAAUCUUCGAACGCUGGCUCCGAGGAUUCGAUUUUAGUAGAGCAGGCCACUUCCGGACAAAUUAAUGAUAAGUACGAGAACUCUAAAUAUUCUGAAUAUUAUCAAGAAGCAGUGCCUCAAAAACGAAAACGAAGAAGUGUUAAAGAGGUUUUCGAUAGUAAAGCAGGAGAUCUAAAUAGACUUGAAGUUGUUAGACAAAAGUUUUUGGAUUCCGAUGAUUCUACGGGAUCAAAGUACCAAGAUGAUAAUCUAAAGAAAAACGUACAGUCCUCCACGAUAAAAUAUACAAUGAGAAUACCGAAAAAAAACAUCAGUGAUGAAAUAAAGAUGGAAGUUGCGCGACAGACCUUGCCAGGAAUACAGGAAGAUGUCUCGCGCGGAUUGCAACAUAUAGUCGCUCGAUUGACAAGAAAAAAUUUGAUCAAUAUGGCGAGCACAGAUCUGUUAGGCGUCAUAGCGGAUCCGAAAGAUGACGAUUCACUCGAGAAGAAGAAGAGCGGCUAUGGAAGAAGUCGGACAUUGGUCGAACGAAAGAAUUAGGGAGGCACCGAUGGGCGGCAGCUUUAGAAGUUUCACCGAAUUUAUAUUGUACAAAAUCUUAUCUUGAAGAUGUUUUGCAAGACUAAGUUUUA